GUUUUGGCUAGAAGGUAUACAGCAAAACAGUGCUAAUAAAAGAACACAUGCUUAGAGACUCGGGUUUACAACGGAAGAGGCAUAAAACGCUAGAGAAGGAAACGCAUUAUGAAAACUCUGGUUGUAUUGGUGUUUGGUCUGGUUGUUCUGGAGCUUGGUUCUGCACUUAAGUGCUAUAAAUGCGAAAAAGGAUUAUGUAAUAUAACUCAGGUUUGCACCACUGAAGACUCCUGUUUGUCUGCCAAUAGUGGAGAUAACAAGUUCAAGAAAUGCCUCAAGUAUGACGAUUGCAACAUGAUGAACAUCCUCCAAAUGUAUCCUGGUUUUUCAAGCAUAAAAUUCAGCUGCUGUACGUCAAACUUGUGUAACACAGAAUCGGUAGCCGACAACUCAGUGUGGAAAUCAAUGCUUUCCAAAGUACGUUCCUGGUGGGAUGCUCUGUAAUUGUCAUUGUUCACAAACAGAACAUUAUGCAUCCUUUCCAGGGAGUAAUUUUUAGGAAAUUAACUAAUGUACAGAAUUAAUAAGUCAAGUAUACACCUCUCAUCACAAAAGCAUCCACAUAAAAGUGUUUCUUUUAAAAAAUUCCUUUUCCGAAUACACAAUUUAACCAAU